GCGAAUUCAAUUCAGCAGCUGGCAAAAUGCCACCCGGAUUUCCUUACUUCUAAUUUUCUGUCAACGCAAAUAUAUGGCAGAGAAGGAUCAUAGAAAAGUGGAAGAACUAGAAACUCGAUUGGGAAAAUGUCACGAGUUAGUUUCUACUACAGAGACGUCAAUGUCUAGUGCCAAUGCUGACUACGAGACAGAGAGUAAUGCAGCUUCCUUCUCCAGUGGUACCAGUGGAAACACGUCACAGCAACCCCAGUUGAGCAAAGCAGAGAUUAUCCAGCACCUGAGUGGAAUUAAGGAGGAGUUUAGUUGCAUUAUGAAGGAGGUGCAGGCAAUCAAAGAUACACAGAAGGAGGCGAUGCUGCUCUUCCAGUCUGAACUUAUGAAAACUAUGGCAGUGCUCCAGCAGAUUCAACUGCAAGAUGUUCCGCCCCCAACGGAAACUCAAAAUGUUGCGACGAUCGAUAACAUUGUCAAUGAAAAUUAAGCAGUGGUGCAAGCACCCAUUUGUAAAUACUGGAGUGUAGCAACUAAGGAAAUAUUGUAAAUAGGUGACCGUCAUGCUUGUUAAUAAUAGUUUUACGACCAUAUAUCAUGUACACUGAUACCGCUCAAGUAAAUUUUGAGAAAAAUAAUGACUAAAUCCUUCUGAACAUUUAUCAGAAGCUUUAUAAUAGACCAAUGCUUUUAAAAAGUUAAAAAUAUUGAAUUUUUAUUUUACAAACUCAAAACUUAUCAAGACAAUAAUUGGGUUUGGAUCUGUAUGUAAAUUAAUUCAAAUAAAGUAAAUGUGAAGCACAUGUUAUUGAGUUCCUUGUUGGGUAAAUACAGUUCAUUAUAAUUAAUGCAUCUUUAUCAUUCUGCAAAUUCAUCAUGAUGAUCAGCCGAUUGUAUAAGAACGUGUUUAAUUAAUAAAUUUGCCAUUACAAGUUGCAA